AUGCGCAUCGAGCGGUUGGCGCAAUACGAGCGGCUUGUAGGUGGAGGAUGCGCGCGUCGUCGCGCGGCGCGUCUUUCGGACUUGGAACGCGUGCAGGAUCUCUUUCCGCACGAUUACCUAGCGCUUCACGAUGCGGACGCGCCCGCAGCACUGGCCUCGCAUCAUGCACAGAAACAAAAGAGCCUACGAAAACGACCGAGCUUGGAUAUCGGAGGCCCGAUUAGUGCCAGCAGCACAAACCUUUCACCGCGAACGUUCAUCAUGGAAGCACCUGUCCAACUUAGCCCUCUAGGCACAACCUCCCCACCGCUAGAUCGCCAUUUAUUCCUCUUUAGCGAUUUAGUACUCGUUGGAAAAUCGAGAGGGACAAACUGCUUUAAAUUAAAGGAGAGCGUUAGACUUGCCGAAAUAUGGAUAUCGUUGAAUGACGGCGAUGACACAGGUUUUCUAUUUGGAUGGCCGACUGUCGCUGGUGUUGCGAACUAUCUUGCCACUUACCCCACCCAGGCUGCGAGAGACACUUGGUAUAGGAAAAUUCAAAAUGCCUUAACCGCUCAACUGGCCACAGAACCAAAGUCUACAAAUAUACAAAUUUUCUACAAAGAUAUGACAAGUUCGAUUGAAUUUUGUAAGACAGUGUCUGUGAAUCCAGACAUGAGUGCACGGUGCGUCGUUCGUCAAGCGUUGCACGUUCUCCAGAAUGGUAGUACAGAAGCAGAAGAUCAUGAAGGAGAGGGGGAUAAUGAGGGAGACGGAAGAUGGGGAGCUGUUAAUGAAUUCACUCUUUGUGUGAGAACGGGAAGAGAUGCACCACCGACACCACUGCGUGGUAUUGAAAGGCCUCAUGCUAUACAGAUGUCUAGAAUAAGGCAAACAUUAUCAAAUGAAGACGGAUUUGACUUGGAGCACGUUAAUGCGAAAAAUAAUCCUUGUGGACUAGUAUUCGAACUGCGUAAGAAGAACCAAGGAUUAAAAAACGGAAAUCAGGGUGGGCGUGGCCUACGUCUACUCCGCCGAGGAGGGCGACUAUUUGGCGUGGCACUGACACGCUUGUGCGGCGGCGUCGUGCCACCAGCGCUCAUGCUAGCUUUACGGAGACUUCGAGCGCUCGCGCCUAAUACACAUGGAGUCUUCCGCAGGAGUGCUAACGCUAAAGCCCUGAGACUAUUGAGAGAUAAGUUGGAUACAUUGGGGCCAUGGGCAGAAGGAUGCCCAGAGCUGGAACGAGCACCGGUGCUGCUUCUGGCUGCACUCGUCAAGGAGUUUUUCCGUGCUUUACCACAGCCACUACUCGCGUCUGAAUUGUACCCUGCAUGGCUACAAGUACUCACAUUAUCACAAAACGAAAAAGUGGCAGCUGUGCGGUCUCUAUUGCUCAAGCUACCUAAAUCACACUAUACAAUGCUGAUGUACUUUAUCUGCCUUCUUCAAGCUAUCGCCAAGAAAUCCAGCAUUAACCUCAUGUGCCCUAUGAACUUAGGUGUAUGUGUUGGACCAAGUCUUCUGUGGCCCAAUACACCCUGUGACAAAGCUCCCAAAGCAGUGCCAAUGGUUGUAGAGCUCUUAAUAAUUAAAGCUGAAGCUUUAUUUGGACCCCAGAUUAUAGGUCUGUUGGGUAAUGGCAACCCAGAAACCUCAAACGCUUUAUUGGAUUCGGGAGCUGAAGAAAGCGACAGUUUACAUUCUGUUGGUAUAUCUUUAGACUCAAUGGAAUUGUCUACGCCACGUAAGGAAAAGUUAUCACUAAGCCGAGAUUCAGGUCUUACACUUUCGGAAGAUGAUUCGAAUAGCAACGGAGGAAAUAGUCCUGCACCACGAAAUAUCCUUCACAGUUUAUCGGCGCCCACAUGCAAUAUGCAGCAGAAUUCUAAACUAAUGAUGCAGUACUCUACUGAUAACCAUAACGUAAACAGACUUCCUCAGAUUGCUCAGAGGCAGAACAUAUAUUCCAACAAAUCCGAUCUUUACAGUACUGUCAACGAGGAGUUAUAUACAACGCCGUAUUUAGGAGAGCGCUAUGUCCAUAAUUCUAUUAACAUUGGAAUCACUAACGGUAUAGAUGAAAGAAAUUAUGUAUCCAAAACAGCUCUUCAACGUUCGACAGCUGAAAUCUACGAACAAAGCCCAGCGAAAUAUAUAACUGGUUUAGAGCCCCAAAAACCACCGAGAAGUAAUGUGUCUAAGGCAGCCCGCACAUCGAAGGUUUACAGCAUGUUUGCUGAAACUCAAGAAGCAAAUAAAAAUGAAGCUAAUAAAAAAUUUAACCGAGCCAAGAGUUCAGAUAAUCUUUUAGAAUCGAAGCAAGAAAAUAUCGACAGUAAACGGGACCUGGUUUCUAGUCAAGAAAAUAUAGUUUACAGCAAUAUACAUGAUCUGGCAUUGUUUACAGAAAACAUUCAAAGACAAAAUCAAUAUCAGACUCAUACAGAAACAGUAUCUAACACAAACUACGCACGAGUGUACACGGGCUGGGAGAAAAAGAGCGCUAAUUAUAACAAUAAGUCGAGUAACUGCCCUUCAGAGAGCAUCUAUGGACUUAUGACUAAUAGCCAAGGUGAGACCUCGCAAAGCAAAGUAGAUGGAAAUAUUACACCGGCAGCCACCAUUUUUACAAGAAAUGACUGGACUCGUCAAGCUGCGAGGACAAAAAGCUUAGAAGUAAGUGAAGAGAUAAAUUCAAAUUCAGAAAAAAUGCGCAACGGUAACUACGAAGUUAAUGUUACAAAUUGUUGUCGAAAACGACGAUUUGAUCCAGCACAUAUGUGCACAAAAAGCUGCUCUGUACAGCCAAACUCUAACAGAGAACAGGAAAAACACAUGAACCCGAUACAAAAUUCUUAUUCAUACGUUGAAAAUAUCCAUAAUAACAACACCGAAGAAAGCAAGAAAUCAAGACUACGUAAUUACAACACCAAUAAACUCAAUCAAUCUAAGUCGUUGGCGAACAUUAUACUUCACAGUGACUCCAGCAGUAGUGACACGCUGUAUCAGCCACAAAAUUCUUAUAGCAGCAGAUCGGCGGAGUCGCCAGCAAGUGAGAAUUCCUUUGAAAAUUGCUACACCACACAAUACAUUGACCCUCUCUACACGUCAGUAUACAACCGUCGAAGGGACAUAUUUCACAACAUGAAGUCUACUAACAUGUUCUCUUCUGAUAUUUACAAAGCGACGCCGACAGCCGUUCAACCCGAGUACAACAACUCGGAGAAAGAGCAUACCAAGAAACCGCCGCAUAUGCCUCCACCAGUCCCACCACGAAAAAUUGUGUACCAGAGGGUGCUCAAGAAGUUCCAGCCAGUGCACGUAAAUAAGGAUGAUAAGAACUUACGAUCUAAAUCUGUGCCCAGACUUAACAGGGAGCCAUCAAACGGUGCUGAUAAAAAGGGGCAAAACAACGUUAUCGCUCUGGACGUCUCUGAAUCAGAUACCGAGUCUGAAUCAUACGUAUAA